AUGGAUCUAUCACCUAGCUUAAGAAAUAAAAUAUUACUAACACAACUGAAGCCUUUGAACCAUUAUCCAGAUUUGAAAGGAAUUGUGUUUGUCAUCCAGAGUCAAAGUAAUUCUUUUCAUGUAAAAAGAGCAGAAGAGUUAAGAAAAAGCAUCUUACAGCAAGCUGCAGAUCUUACCCAGGAGCUCCCCAGAGUCCUUCUGCUUCACGAGCUGUCUAAGCAGGAAGGUGCAUGGACCAUCCUUCCACUGUUACCGCACUUUUCUGCAACUUAUAGCAGAAAUUCAUCAUGGAUUUUCUUCUGUGAAGAAGAGACAAGAAUACGAGUUCCAGAACUCUUAGAAAUACUCAGAAGAUAUGAUACCUCAAAGGACUGGUUUUUAGGAAAAGCAUUACAUGAUGAAGAAUCUACAAUAAUUCACCAUUAUGCCUUUUCUGAAAAUCCUACAAUUUUUAAAUACCCAGACUUUGCUGCUGGCUGGGCCAUUAGUAUUCCACUUUUAAACAAGCUUACCAAGAGGUUAAAGAGUGAGGCCCUGAGGUCCGACUUUACAAUAGAUUUGAAACAUGAGAUCGCCCUCUACAUCUGGGACAAUGGUAACGGACCUCCCCUCACUCCAGUGCCUGAGUUGUGUACAGAUGGCAUGGACGCCCACUGUGCUACCACAUCCCACUCUUCCCUCCCCCUGUGUGGAAAUCCAGUGAAGAAGGAGGAUAUUUUUGUUGCAGUAAAAACAUGCAAGAAAUUUCAUGAUGAUAGAAUCCCCAUUGUAAAGCAGACGUGGGCGGGUCAGGCCAGUCUCAUUGAAUACUACAGUGACUAUGCAGAAAGUUCCAUUCCUACAGUGGAUCUGGGAAUUCCUAAUACAGACAGAGGUCAUUGUGGAAAGACAUUUGCCAUUUUGGAAAGAUUUUUGAAUCACAGCCAUGGCAAAAUAGCAUGGUUAGUCAUUGUGGAUGAUGAUACAUUAAUAAGCAUCUCCAGGCUCCAGCACUUGCUUAGCUGCUACGAGUCCGGUGAACCAGUGUUCCUGGGAGAGCGCUAUGGCUACGGUCUGGGCACUGGCGGCUACAGCUACAUUACAGGAGGAGGAGGAAUGGUCUUCAGCAGAGAAGCCAUCAGGAGACUUCUUGCCAGUAAGUGUCGUUGCUACAGCAAUGAUGCUCCUGAUGACAUGGUCCUGGGGAUGUGUUUCGGCAGCCUGGGAAUCCCUGUGACACACAGCCCUCUCUUCCACCAGGCCCGGCCCGUGGAUUACCCUGAGGACUACCUUUCUCAUCAGGUUCCCAUAUCCUUCCAUAAACACUGGAACAGUGACCCAUUGAAGGUUUAUGUCACGUGGUUGGCACCCAGCAAGGAAGACAAAGCGAGACCAGAGACACGAAAAGGCUUUGAAGAUGAGUUAUAAAGCCUGCGGACCUAGGAGCACAAACAGAAGCCCAGACUUUAGCUUCCGCCUGUGGGCUGUCCGUGUGCUACUUGGCGUAUGCCGCAGAAGCUUCCUGACUUUUGGUGGAAAUCCUGUAUGUGGUAUUUUUUGAGGGGGGAGGAAACAGAAUCAUAAAGUAAACUUUUUUUUCCUGGAAAAAUCACUUGCUUUUGCAUUCUGCAUUGUUGUACUACACAAUGAUUCCAGUGGUUUUCAAGCUGUGACACAGCAGCUUUAUUACUAUCACAGGAAAAUAAAUAGCACCAGAAGUCUCCUUUCUGUUCCUUCUCUUCAUUUUAAUGAAGGUUUCAGUGGGCAUGAGACCAGAGAGAUGUGACUGUUUAUCAUUCUGUAUGAGUGCGCGUGUGCGUGUGUGUGUCCGUGCAUGCACGUGUAGAGAGAGAGACGGAGAGAGAGGGAGAGAAGGAACAUUGAUUGACAUGGAUAUUACCGUAGUGUGAACUUGUAACUGUAUUGUUGAUGGUGAAAAUUAUUUGUUGGUUACCUGAUAGGAAUAAUGCCAUACUAGGGAUGAUUCAUAAAACAUCUUAAAGAGUCUAGCUAUGAAAUUCCCCAUAGUCUGUAAUCAGGGUUGUUAUGUUUUAUCUCUUUUUCUGUUUGUGCCUCAUAAAAAAAAAGAAGUCUUCUGUGGGGACUUUUCACUUCUUUAGUGGUUCUUCUGUGUCCUGUUUCUCCCUGAAGCACUAUCUUUUCUUGCUUGCUUGUAACAGGAAAGUGUGCUGGAUGCUGCCAGGAAAUUGUGUCCUUGAUAUUUAAAAACAAAGUUGUCAUGUUUUAUUUAAGUCAGUGAGCUCUAUGUAAGUCUCCGGAAUUGAAUUAAAUUAAUUUGUACCUGAUGUUUUGCUCUUUUUUUUCUUUAAAUGUUACUUAAUGACUCUCUCUUGACUCAGAAUAGGUAACUCUUCUGAGGUACCAUGAAACCCUAUUGGAAGGACAGCCGGUUGAUUUGCCAAUUUUCCUGAGUUCUUAAAGAAUAACAUUUGAACAUAAUAUUGUGAAACAGCUCUAAUUCUCAAAUUAUAUCUUUAAUAUAUAGUAAUUUAACACAUUUACUAUUAAUUUGUAAAAAGUAUUCUGUCAUAUGAUGUUUUAAUUACAUAAUUCCAUUUUCUAAAGAUAUUUGCAGAAAAUUUGACUUUGAUACGUCUUAAACUAAUUUUUGUAUAGCAAAAUACUUCUUUUCUUUUUUUAAAAUAAAAACUGCUAUUUGUUAAUUUUGCUUAUAAAGCUUGUAUAGCCAAGCAGAGGUUUUAAAGCCAUACCACCAAAAGUCCCCAUGUGUAUGUGCUUUUUAACAAUAUAUUUCUCUCGUAGCUUAGAUUUCACUCAUUUCCAAAAUGAUACCAGAGUAUUUACCAUUUUCCAAAUCAGCAAAUAACUACCUGUGUGUUUUCAGUGUCACCUGAAUGCAUUACAUUUAUGUUUUCUUAAAGUGGAUUUUGUGGUCUGUCGAAGAAAUGGAUCAGGAACAGAUGAUCUGCUGGGUAGAAGCACCCAAGGAAUUUAUAGAUAUUGUCAGCUGCUGCUGCUGACUUCAGCAUCGUUGUCGUAGCUUGGUUAUUGUCAUUGCUACCAUCAUCGUCACCUUCUUGUCAGUUGUAAUAAUACUCCUGGAGGGCCUGGCUGCCUAGCCCAGUGGAGGACAGUCUUCAGUUCUUUCUGUGUCUGCCUACCAGUUGUCACACUUGGAAAACAGCAUAUUCACUUGAUAGGAUCAAACUGGCCUUGGAACACAAAGACAUACCUUGCGCUUCCUCUGUUACAAUCAGUGCCUUCUCUUGAUACCAGAGAACCUCAUCUGGUACCUUCAGGCCUUUUGUGAAUUAUGUUUACUUUUUGGAACUAUGUAAGCCUAACCACAAAUAAAAUGUUUUUGCCUAAG